AUGUACUGCCGCAUCAAUCUGAAUGUUCCCGUUCUCCAGAUAUUUUUUAACAAUGACGACACCAGACCAGACUUUCGGCUGAGCAGAGAGUCUCUGGCGGUGCUGCUGGACCUUCUCUGCCAGGAAAGAAGACAUGGAUGGGGGGCCACAAUAGAGACCUUGGUCUUCCUCUUCUGGCUAGCGAGUGGGGAAUCCUACAGAGUGGUGGCUAGGGUGUUCGGGAUGCCUCGCUCCACAGUUCACCGCAUCGUCCACCGGGUUACUGAGGAGGUGGUGGCCAUCCCUUUUCUGAAAGCUGCUGGAGCGAUCGACGGCUGCCAUGUGAGGAUCAAGCCUCCAAGCGGUCCUGAUGGUCACUGCUAUCGCAACAGGAAACUGUUCUCCUCCAUCAUUCUACAGGCAGUUUGUGACCAUCAGGGCCGCUUCAUCGACACGUACGUGGGCUGGCCGGGGUCGGUGCAUGACUCCAGAGUGCUCCGGAACAGCCCACUGUACAGGCGGGCCAUCUACCCUCCUCCGGGCCACUUCAUCUUGGCAGAUGGUGGGUACCCGUGUCUCCAACACCCACUCCCCCUCAUCACUCCCUUCAAGCGGCCGGUGCAAGGUGUGGGAGCCCUGCGCAUUAACAGCCAUCAUUCCAGGGCACGCUCCAUCAUAGAGCGUGCCUUUGGGAGGAUGAAGACGAGGUUCAGGGCCAUCUUCCUCCAAGCGCUGGAGGUGUACCACACCUUUGUGCCUCAGGUCAUAACGGCAUGUGCUGUCCUGCACAACAUCUGCCUGGGAGCUGGUGACAUCAUGGCCCCAGAGGAUGAAGAGCAGGACGACAUGCCAGAGGAUGAGGAGGGGGAGAACGUGUUGGAGGCAGGCAGUGGUGCUCACUGGCGGGACCAGCUGUCUGCCGAGGUGUCUGCCCUGGAGGAGGGUCUACCCGACCACCAUUACAUUUAGAUGUAACAUGGCAGCCGUCGAUUGGGUCAGCCCUUCAAACCCUGAUGGACGAUGUGGUGAACAGUGGAGAGAGGCACCCCCCACCCCCCAGAUGAUGUCCCACUCGCAGUCAGAAGACUCCAAGGUCAUCUGUGUGGCAUCCCAUCCAGUCCAGCAGCACCACCAGGGACUCCUGCUCAGUCACAAUUGUAUAUAUAUGUUCUUUUAUAGUAUUUCUUUUAUAUCUUCUGUAAAUAGUUGUAGUGGUUAAAAUUGAAUGUAAAUAGUUAAAAAUAUUUUUAAUAGUUUAUUGUAUAUAAUUGCAUCUCUAAAAAUAAAUUGAUGUUGUCACUGAGAAGUUGUUCUAAGU